UGUUCUGAGACUGGACUGCGGAACAUCACUGAGCCUGGCUGUGAUAUCCAGACAGGACAGUGCGCGUGUAAACCAAACAUUAUGGGACGGCGAUGUGAGAAAUGCGCUCCUGGGUUUUACGGUUACCCCAACUGCAAACUGUGUGACUGCAACCGAGCCGGUACUGAAGCCGCCAUAUGUGACUCUCUCACCGGGCACUGCUUGUGCAAGGAAAACGUGGACGGUCCAACUUGUGACCGCUGUCGUCUGGGAACUUUCUAUCUUGAUGCCCAUAAUCCGAAGGGUUGCACUCGCUGCUUCUGUUUUGGAGCCACAGAUCGGUGCCACACCUCAUCCAAGUAUCGCUCUCAGUUUAGUGACAUGCGAGGAUGGGUUCUGGUUGGAGGAGAUCGACAGGAAGUGGAAAUCUUGGAGAGGCCUGGUGAGGGCCUUGUUGAGGCAGAUCUGAGAGAUGUUCCUGAUGUCUACCAGGAGUUCUAUUGGCACGCUCCACAAAGCUACCUUGGAGACCGGGUCUCUUCUUAUGGUGGAUUCCUGAGUUAUGAGCUUAAUUCUGAAGCUCUCAGAGGAGAUUACCCCUACAAUCCAGUGGAGCGAAGGCCGGAUGUC